AUGUCUUCUGAAGAUUCCAAGUCCCCCAUCCAUAUCACCAAACUCACUUCCAGCAACUAUCCUACCUGGAAGGGUGAAAUGAAGGCUUAUCUUCGCACCAAGGGCUUGUGGCUGCUUGUCAGUGGGACAGAGAAGCGCCCUGCAGACACUCAAGCUGAUGCUCAGGCCAAAUGGGAUGUCAAAGCGGACAAGGCUGCUGGAGAACUGUACCUUGCUUGCUCAGUUCAGCAGAGGAUGCACAUUGAUGCUGUCCAGGAUGACCCUGUCUCCAUAUGGUCCACCCUCGCUUCAAUCCAUGUCCAGCAGCGUCCUGGAGCUCGCUUCAACGCCUGGGACGACUUCUUCUCUAUUAGGAAGCAGCCUGAUGAGCCCCUAAGCACCCUCAUUGCUAGGAUAGGAGAAGGCAUGAGUAAGAUCCAGGAGCUUCGCCCAAAGGACACUAGCAAGCCCUAUUCCAUCACUGACUUGGAUGCUGAACUAGUCUGUAUGACUAUGGUUCGCUCCCUGGGUGAGGAAUACAACCAUUUUGCGUCCUCCCUCAUGCUACUCAAGUCCUUGGACAAGGAGGAGCUCAAGUCUGCCUUCCUAGCAGAGGAAUUGCAGCGCAAGCGUCGUCCUGAAGGUCCUACUGGCGACUCAGCCCUAUUCACAUCCUCAGGAGAAUCGCUUCCACCUGGUACUGAGCAUCAGAAGGCCCCUGCAAUGAUGAAGGACUUGUUGGAACGCUGGAAGGACAUGUUGAAGGAUGAACGUGAAGCCAUAAUGGAGGACGCUCUUGCUGCUUUACAUGCACUGACAGGCAUGGAGAUAAUCAUGCUUGCUGUGCACUCGGAUGUUGACCACUUUAACCAACCACAUGUAUUUCAUACCAAACGUGCUCGUGACUUCUUCACUGCAUGUUUGAAAUCUUCAGUCCAUGACAUUGCCUUUAGACUGGAGGGUUUUUGUGUUGCAGGUGUGAAAGGUCUAGCCAGAACACACAUCAAGGAGGUCAUACAGUUAAAGAGGCAGAUAAGCGAGUUAGUCUUGCAAAAACUUCAGACUGUUGCUGCACCGCAGAAGGUUUCACGAAUGUACUAUCAAAACUUCAACACUAACAUUACGGCUCAGUACCACAUCAUUAUUGAGAAUUGGCCGCUGGCAAAAUUCUGUGCCCCUGGUGAUAUUAGCUCAUGCAAUAAGCUAGGAGGAUCGUUCCAGGCAGCAUUGGCGCUACAGAACGAAGCUACCAUGGAGGGCACUCAGAACAAAGCUACCGUGGAGGGUACCCAGAAUGAAGCUGCCAUGGAGGGCACUCAACCAAGCUCACCCAAGCACCCACUCAAGUCGUCACCAGUCACUACAGACACUGCACACCCCAACAACACUGACCUGCAGACUCAACCACAGCCAGAUGCUAACCCUCGUCCUUCUGGUUCCUCUCAACCUCGUGGAUGCAAACACAAGGCCCCAUCCACAGAGGUCCUGAACACCGUGUUCUCAAGCAACGGUGAUGGUGUCCCUGUGCAGAAAAAAGUUUGGAAAGAGAGAUCUGACAAAGGCAAGGCAUGUGGACCAUGGAAAAAGGUUCCUGCUGACGUCCCACAAGAGUCUGAGGUUCCUCCCGCAUCUGCAGAGAGAUUAUUGUGCCAAGGACCAUCAUAUUUUGCCCUCGCUGCCUGA